AUGGCACAUGUAACUCCAGCGGAUAUUCCUCUUCCUGCGUUCGUCGACCCUCUUCUCGAUUAUAUUUCUGAAUCUUUACCUGGCCCAGUCUAUUCUUUCAUCGUCGCCUUCGCCUCCCGUUGUUUGGCAGUCAUUUCCGCCCUUUUGACACUCUUCGGCGCUAUACUUCAAACUCACCCAUCCGAAUGGAGUGCGCAAACUCUCCUCCCUCCUCUUAUCGCUUUCCUUGCUGCAUAUUUUGCCCUCGUCAGUCUUUAUCGUACAACAUCAUGGAUGCUGCGAACCAGCAUCUGGUUCAUCAAAUGGGGUACCAUAUUGGGGAUAUUCGUCGGAGGGGCUGGCUGGUUGAUGGGUGCUGGUAAUACUGUGGGAGCCCCUGCAGUCGCAUCUGUCCUUGGGGGUUUUGUUUUGGAUAUGAUAAACGGUGAAGGAGGUGCCAGAGGAAAUUCCCGUUCAACGCGAGGCAGAGCGAGCAGUAAGACUCGUACGAGACCCAAGGCACGGGAUAAAUUCCAGAAACAUAGGGAAUGGCAAUACGAAGAAUCGUCCGCACCGCAGGAGGUAGAUGUACAGGCAGUGCUCGAAGAUAUACUCGGUACCGCUCGAAACAGUGGAUUUUGGAAUGCCAUGAAGAGUGCUGUACAAGGAUUUCAGGGGGGUGAGGAGGAAACCAGGAGUAGAAAAGAUGCAAAAGCCGGUGGGACUACUUCGCGUUAA